AUGAUCUACGGAAAGCUCGAAGGUCCAAAUUACUUAGAGUGGGGCGAUUCUCCAAAAAAAACAUGGCUGCGUUUGUUAUCAAACCUUCUCUCAUUCACUGUGUUUUAAGGGCUGUAAGGCAACUUAGAGUGCGACAGACAAGGGAAACGCCGUUCCUUCGGAGAAGCUACGCGUCUGAUGGAGACAACAGAGUGCCCAAAAUUUAUACCAAAACGGGCGACAAAGGUUUCUCAAGCACAUUCACUGGAGAAAGGAGACCAAAGGAAGAUCACAUUUUUGAAGCUUUGGGAAACACAGAUGAACUGUCAUCAGCUAUAGGCUUGGCCAGGGAAUUCUGCCUUGAAAAAGGUCAUGCAUUCACUCAUCAGUUAGACAAGAUACAAUGUGUUUUGCAAGAUGUUGGCUCCAAUAUUGCCACCCCUCGGUCAUCUGCAAGAGAAAGUCAUAGAACUCGAACCAAUUUCACUGCGACACCAAUAGCAGACCUGGAAGGUUGGAUUGAUGCAUUGACAGAGGAACUACCACCUUUGACCAACUUCAUUUUACCUUCUGGAGGAAAGAGCAGCGCAGCUUUGCAUCUAGCUCGGACAGUCUGUCGUAGAGCCGAGCGCAGUGUUGCUCCAAUUGUGCGCUCAGGGGAGGCAGAUGCAGAUGUUGCCAGGUUUUUAAACAGAUUAAGCGACUACCUCUUCACUGUGGCCAGAUAUGCAGCCCUGAAGGAAAACAAUAAGGAGAAAAUCUACACGAGACCUGAGAUGUAAGGAUUGUAACGAAACUCAUUCAUCUGUGUAUUUUGCACUUUGAGUAUAUAAAACAGUUAAAAAUCUUGAUUUGGGUGCAUUUUUAUACAAAAUCAUUAAGUUCAGUGAGAACAUACAAUUCAAAAUCUUCUUCCACUUGUCAUUCAAAAACAUUAAUUUCACUUGUGUGUUCUAUAAAUCAACACUGGUACAUUCGAUGGUCAAUAAGAGAAUAGGUGUGUCAUUUUGUAAUAUUAGAAUACAUAAAGAGCUUCUUAAUAUGCAUUUGGUUCCAGCAUAACCCUUCUAAAUACCACACGUCAUAGG